AUGGCAAUUGCCUCUAGUAACCAGGAAUACAUCUGUCCAAGAUGUGAUUCAGGGUUCAUAGAGGAAGUAACGGAAGAUUCCAGUCUCCUAGAGGGUGGUGCUAAUGGGAUAGAUGAGACAGCCACACAGUUUGCAGAGUUAUGGCACCUGCUGUUGCUGGAGCGGCCAUUCACGACAGACAGCGACAACCCAGACUCAGAACCCCGGCUACCUGGUGGGCGCCUGGGGGGCCUCAGUGACCUGGGAGGGUUGGGAGCUGGACCAAUCGGAGGAUCAGUCCCAGCAGGCCUUGGGGGACCAAUGGGGGGUCUAUUAGGAACUGGGGAACACUGGGGGCCUGCACGUAUCCCCCGCCUGCACAGCCAGAGGAGAUAUCGAUCCAGAGGCAGCAGUAGACCAGACCGUUCACCUGCUGUAGAAGGGAUUGUACAACAGUUUCUUGCUGGUCUUUUUGCCAACUCCGGAGUCCCUGGCUCACCUCCCCUCUCAUGGACAGGGAUGCUGCACUCUAAUCCAGGUGACUACGCCUGGGGCCAAGGAGGGUUAGAUGCUGUGAUAACACAGUUACUAGGUCAGUUGGAAAACACGGGACCUCCUCCAGCAGAGAAAGAGAAGAUCUCGUCUCUUCCAACCGUCAAUAUUUCUCAGGAACAAGCAGACUGCUGUAUGGAAUGUCCAGUGUGCAAAGAGGACUUCGCAGUGGGAGAGCCUGUCAGACAGCUACCCUGUAACCACUUCUUUCAUUCAGACUGUAUAGUACCGUGGCUGGAAAUGCACGACACAUGUCCAGUGUGUAGGAAGAGUUUGAACGGAGAAGACAGCAGCAGCCAGCCCCCGUCAGAGUCCCCAUCCCUCUCCAUGGACCCUCGCACACAGGACAGAUGGUCCUUCUGA